UUUUGCUCAUCCCUACACGUGUAAUGGAACAUCCCUAUCUCAUGAAAUAGACUAUUCCUAAUGCGGAAGUGAAAACGUGGGUGUGUUCACAACUUGAGCAGCAUUGCAAGAGGAAAGAACAACUUUGACCCUGAAAAGGAGUUUUAAUACACAAACAUGUCAGGACUUAGAAAAGCCAAGAAAUAUGAUUGGAAGGAUUCAAAUCUGGCUCUAUUUGGGUCAGAUACAGAGAAAAAUGUCAAAAAGGAAUCAGCUGCUACUGAGCCAGCCUGGAAGAAAGCCGGUCAGGCAGAAGGAGUUCAGAUCUGGAGAAUAGUGAAUUUCAAGGUGACUGAGUGGCCUAAAGAGGAUUAUGGAAAAUUCUACAAUGGGGACUCGUAUAUCAUACUGAAUACCUACAAAGAACCUGGAGAGGAAGAGUUACAAUAUGAUGUUCAUUUCUGGAUAGGUGCACAAAGUACACAGGAUGAAUAUGGUACAGCAGCAUAUAAGACUGUUGAACUGGACACGCUACUGGAUGAUAAACCAGUCCAGCAUAGGGAGGUUCAGGGAUUCGAGUCAGACAUGUUUAAGAGUUAUUUCAAGACUAUAACAAUUAUGAAAGGUGGUGCAGAUUCAGGAUUCAGGAAGGUGAAGCCAGAGGAGUACACCCCACGCCUUCUUCACUUCUCAGGCACCAGAAAGCAUGUAGAGGUGAGAGAAGUGGCUCGUAAUAAAGACCUCCUCAAGUCAGAUGAUGUGUUUAUUUUAGAUUUGGGACUUCAGAUCUAUCAGUGGAAUGGUAGUGGUAGUAAUAAGGAUGAAAGAAUGAAGGCCAUGCAAUACUUGCAAGAGCUGAAGAGUGAAAGAUCAGGAAAGGCCUCGUCCGAAGUACUGGACGAGGGUAGUACUGAACCUGGGCAUGAGUUCUACAAGAGUCUGACGGAGGAACUUGAUGAAGAUGAUGAUGUCAGUCAAUAUGAGGCCAAGGACGACCAGAAGGAACUUUACCGUCUCUCUGAUGCCAGUGGCCAAUUGACAUACAAGCUGGAGAAGAAGGGUGAUAUGUCAACAAGUGACUUUGACACAAAGGAUGUUUUUAUUCUUGAUACCAAGAAGUCCUUGUUUGUGUGGAUAGGUAAAGGAACAAGCGAGACAGAACGUAAAAAUGCCAUGAGUUACGCACAUUCAUUCUUGUCAAAAACUGAUCACCCGCUCAUCUCAAUUUCUUGUGUGGCUGAGGGUGGUAGACAGGAUGCUGGAUUUCAGAUGGCAAUUGCUGCUUAGAUACUGUGACAGUGCAAGGGCUGCGAAUAUUAAGGAGCAAACAGAAAGUAGAAAUGAAAAUUAUAGAAAAAAAAUGACAACAGUGUUGAUAAUAUACUCUUUUACAGUUAGUUUAUCAGUUGAUGUUUUACAGUUAGUUUAUCAGUUGAUGUACGCAUUUAUGAAAGCUGCCAUUUUAUGUUUGUUAAUCAAAAUUGACCAAGAGCUAGCCAUGUUACAUCUAAUUGGUUGUGUUUUUGUAAUACACUGUACCUGAUUGAAUGAGUACAAGAAUAAAUAACUUCAUUGAAGGGAAGAAAAUUU